GUGUGUUUGUAAGGUUUUGAAGUGUGCGAAACGUGUGUAUUUGGAAAUCUGGACACGGUGCCAAACAAAACCGUUCGCCCAUGAAUGGGCCCUUGAGGCUCUUUCGAUAGAGUGGAAAUCCAGAGAUUAGAACCACUUUGCACACCCAAAAAAGCCAGGUACGCACAUACGAUAUCCAAUCUUCAAUUUCAACUCUCUUGGAUUUCCAACUCUGUUCCCUAAAAUUUAGGGUUCCUACACCUCGGUCACGUCGUUAUUUCACCUGGUAUGAACUCAAAUAAAUUUUGAUCGAGGCCCCAAUUGGGUUCACAGUUGAUUGAAUACAAUGUAGGAAACACUUUAGGUUUUUGUUUGCAAGUGAAUUCAUAUCGGUUUGACUGUUGAUACUUGAUACUGCACCUUGUAGUCAUGACACGAGCUAUUGCGGUAAUCUACGUUUUCCUCGAUUCGGUUACGGUUGGCUGUGGGCAUUGGUGUCUGUUGAUCUUAUAGAUGUGUGCUCUGGAAGUUAUCUGCUACUACAAUUUGUGACGUUAUUUGUUUCUUUUAUAGUUAAUGUUCUAAGGGAAAAAGCAGGAAGAUAGACGAAUGACAGAAUAUGUUGCUGUCCUGCCAUUUAUGAAGUUUCCCGUUUAUGGAAAUUCUGUUACGGAGCUAAGUUUUAUGCCAAAUGGGUUAUGUGCUCAAACUCGCAGUAGGAGGUCUUAUGCUGCCUGUGGUAGAGCUACACAACACAAGGCUGGUGGAAUCUGCUUCACAAACCUAAAAGUAAAUCACAAGCAGAAGCCGAAAAUCAUGGAAUGCUAUUGUUUAGGAACUUUAAUAAGUACAAAUGGCGAUCCUUCUGUGUGGAUUCCUGUAAUUGAUCAAGUGCUCCUCAUGUCAAGUAUUUUUCUUACACAUUUGGCUGGAGUUAUACCUGCUGAUGGGCCGUUUUCAACUUCUAGAAGAAACACAUCUAGUGAUAAUGUGGCUCCUGAUGGGACUCCCAUUUCUGGUAGUGGUGUAAAGAAUGAUAAGGGCAAGGAGGUUAGCUUAGAGUUGUCAUGGGACACUGUGGAAAACAAACUUAUCAAUUCCAUAACUGCAAUUGAAUAUGGGACCAAACUUGAAACUGAAACUAUGGAAUCAGGACAAACUGCCAACAAAUCCUCAAGUUUGUCUGCCAUUGCAGAGGGUCCCAGGUUCCGGUUGAUGUUGGCUUCCUUUCAUUGGCUUAAAAACGAGGUGGACAAUAUGUAUAGAAACACUUCUACAUCAGACAUGAAAAACCUGCAGAAGGUUUUCUCUGAAAUCCUACAGAGAUCUUCAUUGUCUAUAUGCACGAAUUGGCUGAAAGAAGAGCUUUUAGUAAGAAACAAGAGAUCCAUGAAGGAACUCCCCCUUCGAUUAUUUGAAAAGUUAAAAGGAGAUGACUCUGUUGUACAAAUGGUUAAAAAAUCAGGCAAGGAGGAUCUUUAUACUGAACUACUUUACAUACUUAGAUUUGAUUCUGUCAGCCAGGAUUCCCGUUACAGUGACAAAUUUUUUGAUUGUUGGGGGGUUUCUGUGUUGGAAGAUUUGGUGAUCACAUUAUCUGAUGGAAUCGCGAGCAUCUAUUUAGAAUUAAUUUCUGUAGACAGUGACAUGUCAAAUGACAUAAAUGACCUUGGUUUGAAUCUGUGCACCUUAUCGACCCGAGCACUUCAAAGACUACGUAACGAGGUGUCACUGAACCAGUGGUUUGUUCAAAACAUGGAGACGGUUGUAUCCAUGUAUGAGGAUCGGUUUGACCUUCGUGUCCUUGAAAGUCAACGCGUUCUUGAAUCCUCCAAGGGCAAUUCUGGAAAGUUUGAUUGGUUGAAGAAGAUUGGUGUAAAGAAAUCAACACCAUUACCAUUGGCGUCUCCUUUAUUAUGCUAUGCUGUAAUCAGCUGUGUUCGUGUACCUGUGAAGCGCACCAAAGAAUUACGGGGCCUCGUUGGCUGGAGGUACUAUUUCAGCCUAUACCUUGAGCUGAGUGAUAUUGGAAUGCCUUUUGUAAGGACAGUUGCUGCAAAAAUUAGCGAUGCAGUGUCUUUCUUUUUGGUUUGUUUGAUUGGGAGAUCUUUGGGUCUCAUUUACACUGGGAUAAGACAGUCGCUGAGGUGGAAAUAAAGAUGUAUAUCCCUCCCUAUACUCGGUGUUUAUGUUUAUUCUUUUGGCAGUGUAAUGAUUUAGAUGGACAAUCAAUGUAUUCAUGCAUAUUAGAAUACAGUAUAAUAACAAUUUAUUUCAUGCAAAAUUCAAGGAAAAUGUGUUUGGACUA